AUGGGCAAUUUGUGCGAUUGCUGUGGCGUGCGGGACAAGGAGCGGAUCGGCUUGCCAGAGUAUAGGAGCGGCGGCAACAGCCAGUACGGCUUUGCUCUUGCGAAGAAUGAUAGGGCGAGGAUGGAGGAUGCUGUCUCCAUGGAGGAAAACGUGGCAGGGCACAAGUGCCUUGCCGUCUUUGACGGCCACGGUGGCGACAAGGCUGCCCGGCGGGCGCAGGAGUUGCUGCCCAAGCAGCUUGAUCUUCACCUCCAGCAGCAGUCGAGCACGAAGGAGGAGGCUGUGAUGAACGCCUUCCAUGCCGUCGAGAUGCUCAUGCAGCCAGAACUGGCUGAGGAAGCCAAAGUGAUGUCGUCAGGGGCGUCGUCCGGGACCGUCACCUGUGUGGCCCUUCUCCGAGAGAAGGAGCUUCUGUUGAUAAAUCUGGGCGAUUGCCGCGGCGUGGUUUGCGGAUCGGCGAAGGUGACGAUCACAACGAAGGACCACUCACCGGAGAAAGAGACCGAGAAGCAGCGCCUGGCAGAGAGUGGAGUGACGGUGGAGGGUGGUUACGUUGAUGGCAAGGUGCAGGUUUCCCGGGCUUUCGGCGACAUCCUGGACAAGACCGGAGAAAAGAUCCCUGGUCUGAUCAGCAGACCGGAGCUGACAGCCAUCCAAGUAACGGACAAUACCGAGUUCGUGAUCCUUGCUUCGGAUGGCAUUUGGGAUGGAAUUCAAUCGCAGACGGCCGCGACGACUGCGAGGAAAGUGCUUCGCGAGACGCGGUCUCCAGAAGAGGCUGCAAAAGCUGUGGUUGAAGCCGCAGGGAAGGCAACCAAGGCAGAUAAUGCCGCCGUGAUCGUCUUGGCGCUGAAUGUGCCAGACCCCGUCCCAAAACGAGAUGCGGCCCAGAGCCGCUUCCGGCGGAGCUCCAAGACGGAGUGA